AUGACCAAGUACACGAACUUAUUUUUGCUCGAUAGGAUUGCCACGCAAGAUGUUUUUCUCAAGGAAUAUAACGUUGAACGCUUUAUCGAAAUCGGGCCAGCAGACGUCCUCACAGGCAUGCUCAAGAAAACCGUAGCUUUAUACUUCAAAUCCCAUGAUGCCGCCCGCCACAUGAAGCGACGAUUUCUCUCGUACGCGCAGAACGCACCAGAAAUCCAAUAUCUUCUGGAAGCAGCUCCAGUGGCAGCAGCAGAAAGCAAAAAAAGCACCGGAGUAUCUGCUACGUUACCUACCACCCAAGCGGCCACGGCUGCCGCAGCGACCGUGACAGUUCACCCAACAACGGCUCCAUCUGAAGUUCAGGCGGAUAUAACCGCCUCAGCGCAGGUCACUAAUGCCGCGCCCAUCCCGGACACUCCGGUAGAUGCAAAGGAUAUCCUGGUGGCUAUUAUUGCCAGCAAGUUGCGAAAGAACUAUGGCGAAUUGGACACGCAGCAAACGAUCAAGGCUUUAGCCAACGGUCGAUCAACAAUGGAAAAUGAGAUUGUGGGAGAUCUUGAUGCCGAGUUCGGUUCGCUUCCCGAGAAACCAGAGGAAAUGCCACUCGACCAGCUGGCCGGUCUGCUGCAAUCGGCAGCGGCAUUCUCUGGGCGGCUACACAAAGUCUCCACGGGCCUGGUGUCUAAGGUUUUUGCACAGAAGCUUCCUGCUGGCUUUUCCAGUGCGGAUGUUCGUGAUUAUUUACAAUCUCGAUGGGGUCUGAGCUCAGGUCGUCAGGAUCCAAUCUUCUUGCGAGCAAGCACGUCACAGACUUCAUCCAGAUUGGUCGACUCGAAAGAGGCACAAUCAUUUUUCGAUGAUAUUGUGCGCCAAUAUGGGACUGAUCACGGACUGGAUUUCUCGGCGUCUGCUCAAACCGCGACGGCCAAUGUUAUAGUCUCAGCCCCAGUGGACAGUGCAGCCCUCGGAGCCGUGGUGAAGGGCCAAGACAAACUCAAGAAGUCACUGAUGGAACUGUAUGCACGGCUGCUAGGGAAAGACCUGAGACAUGAUGCCCAAGAAGCAUUGAAGGCACAACUGGCAACAGCAGAGCUGCAAAGCCAAUUGGACGGCAUCGCGGCCGAGGUGGGAGAUUUCUUCCUCUCCGGUAUUCGUCCUCUUUGGGCCGCCCCAAAGCUCCGUAUUUUCCACUCGAGCUGGAACUGGGUCUUGCAAGACACCCUGGACAUCUUUCAUCGGAUCCUGCGUGGUGAAUUCUCCGAUGCCGAGUUCGCCAAAUAUAGUAACGCCAUCGCCAACCGAUCCAGCCCACGUCUAGUGCGCAUGAUGACCUACCUGGCCGGCAGUCACUCCAUGCUCUGGGGUUCACGCUCUUCUGAGGCCAAGGCCAUUGUGCAUCGCCUGUUGGAACGGUGUGAGACGACUCAUAUCCCUCGAUUUGAGCCAUUGGCCGCCAAUCACGAUGCGUUCAUCAAGGGUCCCAGUACCGAUGUGGAUGAAAAGGGCAACAUCAAGUACAGCGAAGUCCCUCGUGGCGAGGCCCCAAUAUUUGCACCGAUCACAAUUGCGACUCGUGGCCAGUCAUCUUGGCGGACCAACCAGUCAUUAACCACACUAUACCGCGACGAAGUCCAAUCGUCUUGGAGCGAAGGGGUAACCUUUGUUAACAAGUACGUCUUGAUGACAGGAGUGAGUAUGGGGUCAAUUAAUGCCGAGGUUCUGAAAGGGCUUUUGAGUGGCGGUGCCAAAGUGGUCGUCACUACCAGUAGCUAUUCAUCGUCCACCACCCGCUUCUACCAGAACCUCUAUGUCGAGUAUGGUGCCAAAGGCUCUGAGCUUAUUAUUGCUCCCUUCAAUCAGGGCAGUCAACAAGACCUUGACGGCCUUGUAGAGCACAUUUUCUCAGAUGCAGGACUAGGGUGGGAUCUGGACCAUGUCAUUCCUUUCGCCGCCAUCUCAGAGUCUGGACGAGAGAUCGACAACAUCGAUUCACGCUCCGAACUCGCCCAUCGGAUUAUGCUCACCAACACACUACGUCUGCUGGGUGCUAUCAAGAAACAAAAGCAAGCCCGCGGGUAUCGCACGCGACCCACCCAAGUCAUUUUACCAUUGUCCCCCAAUCACGGUGCAUUCGGCAAUGAUGGCUUGUAUGGCGAGUCCAAGCUUGCGCUCGAGUCGCUAUUCGAGAAGUGGCACUCGGAGAGCUGGUCCACUUAUCUGUCCAUCUGUGGCGCGGUGAUCGGAUGGACUCGCGGCACAGGGCUCAUGGCGGAUAACAACAUCGUUGCCGCGGGCAUCGAACGCCACGGCGUGCAAACCUUCUCGACAGCGGAGAUGGCAGCCUACAUUCUGGUGCUGUUGACCCGCAAGCUGGCGAGUCAAUGCAACAUUCAGCCACUCCUGACUCGAGAAAAGGAGGCCGAAGAAAAGCUUGCCGUUCUCGGUUCCCAGGUCAAAGAGGAGAAGACAGCUCGGCCCUGUCUUGCAAACAUUCCAUUCACAUUCCCGAAGCUACCUGACGAGACGGCUGAAGUUCAACUCUUACGGGAAAGUCUGCUUAAUAUGGCGAAUCUCGAUCGAGUCGUGGUAGUGACUGGCUUCUCCGAGGUAGGGCCUUUCGGCAACUCUCGCACCAGGUGGCAGAUGGAGGCUACCGGACGCUUCUCGCUAGAAGGCUGCGUUGAAAUGGCUUGGAUGAUGGGCCUGAUCACGCACUAUAACGGCCAAUUAGACGGCAAAGACUACACCGGGUGGGUCGACGCGAAGACUCAAAAGGCUGUCCAGGAUCUUGACAUCAAGGCUCGCUAUGAAGAGCAUAUCCUAGCCCAUACAGGAAUCAGACUGGUGGAACCAGACACAGAUUCGUAUGAGAAAGGGAAAAGACAAGUAUUGCAAGAGAUUGUCCUCGAAGAAGACCUACCACCUUUCGAGGUCUCCCUUGAAGUGGCGCAACAGCUUCUUAAUGAGCACGGCGAGAAAUAUGUUGAUUUCCUGCCGCAGGGAGAGCGGUGCGCUGUCAAUUUGAAGAAAGGGGCCGUACUGAUGAUCCCCAAAGCCUUACAAUAUGACCAUGCCGUGGGAAGUCAAGUCCCGACUGGCUGGGAUGCACGCACUUAUGGCAUCCCGGACGACAUUGUCACCCAAGUUGACCGUGGAACUCUCUUCACCUUGGUGAGCACAAUCGAAGCGUUAAUCGCGUCGGGAAUCACCGAGCCUUAUGAGCUAUACCAAUAUAUCCAUGUCUCGGAAUUUGGCAACUGUAUUGGCUCUGGCAUAGGAGGUAUGCAGUCUCUGAAGAAAAUGUUCCGGGGACGAUAUCUGGACAAAGAUGUGCAGAAAGAGUAUACUGCAGGAGACAUUCAUCAACACCACUGCGGCCUGGGUCAACAUGCUGCUGAUCUCUUCAUCCGGACCCAUUCGGACUGCGUCGGAGGCUAUGAUGAUCUCGACCGACCUGUGGCGGAAGAAUUUGCAAAUAUGAAAGCAAUUACGGAUGCGGCUGCUGAGGCAAAGAAGGGCAGACUUCCCCAAGAGAUGUCGCGACCCUCGGCGGAGAGCCGGAGCGGGUUCGUUGAGUCACAGGGAAGCGGCGUCGAAGUGAUUACAUCUGCGCGACUGGCGCUGGAUCUUGGCUUGCCUAUCCAGGGCGUCAUUGCUUGGGUGGGCACCGCCAGUGAUAAGGCCGGGCGUUCGGUGCCCGCUCCAGGACAGGGCAUUUUGACCAAUGCCCGUGAACAGGCCAAAAGUCGGUACCCAUCGCCAUUGCUAGAUGUGAAAUAUCGCAAGCGUCGCCUAGAGGCACGAUUUUCUCAGAUUCAGGAGUCUAUCGACUUGGAAGUCCAGAGUAUGAAAGACCAGCUGGCCGGCGAGGAUGGCACGAUUCCCGAGAUUCACCGGGAGGAAUACGAGCACCAUCUUCAAUUCGUCAAGCAAGAUGCCGAGCGCCAGCGCAAGGAAGCCUUGGAUACGUUCGGAAAUGAUUUUUGGAAGAACCAGACUUCCAUCUCGCCCAUUCGAGGUGCUCUGGCGGUCUUUGGUCUCGGCAUAGAUGAUCUAGACUUCGUCACCCUUCACGGUACUAGCACAGUGAUGAACGACAAAAACGAGGCUUCCGUUCUGGAAGCCCAAAUGAAACACCUCGGUCGCACAUCGGGCAAUCCGCUCUUCGCCAUCUCACAGAAAUAUCUUACAGGACACCCCAAGGUGCUCGACAGCGGCCUCAUCCCCGGCAACCGCAAUCUCGACAGCGUGGACGGCAAUUUAGAGAAAAACGAGUAUAUCGUUUAUCCCAAUCGAAGCAUCCAGACCUGCGGCCUCAAGGCUUUCUCUCUCACCUCGUUUGGCUUCGGACAGAAAGGCGCCCAGGCAAUCGUGGUUCAUCCACGGUACUUGUAUGCCAUGGUGGAGCAGGCUGAAUUCGAAGAGUACCGGAAGAAACGCCAGACGCGCUAUCGCAAAGCAUUCCGCUUCUUCCACCAUGGAUUGGUGACAAACACCAUGUUUGUACCGAAGACCAAAGCACCUUAUCUGCCAGCGCAGCAAAAUGCGGUGCUUUUGGAUCCUACUGCCAGGGCGACAGCAAGUUUAGGGUCGACUGUGCAGUAUUCUUUUAAAUUGUAA